AUGUCCGGUCCUGGCUCCCAGGACCAAGCCAUCUGCUCCCCCUCGGGUGGCAGGAUCAAGCGAGUCUCCGUGGGUGCCGACUUGGUGCUCCGUUCCGGUCUAGGCCCCCUGACACUAACCUUCUCUCUCUUAUACACAUACUCUCUCUCACCCCCCCACACUCUCACUCUCUCACUCUCACUCUCACUCACACCCAUCUCCCUAGCCCAAGGUGGGGACAGACAUCUGAGGGGCUGCCAGCUGUUGCCUGCUGGGCCUGGCCCACCUCACACUCCUGCCCUCCCGUCCACAGGGGACUCGUGGGGGCUGCUAGCUUGCCUGUGCACUGUGCUCUGGCACCUCCCUGCAGUGCCGGCCCUCAACCGCACCGGGGACCCCGGGCCCGGCCCCUCCAUCCAGAAAACCUAUGACCUCACCCGCUACCUGGAGCACCAGCUCCGCAGCUUGGCUGGGACCUAUCUGAACUACCUGGGCCCCCCUUUCAACGAGCCUGACUUCAACCCACCUCGGCUGGGGGCAGAGACUCUGCCCAGAGCCACCGUCAACUUUGACGUGUGGCGGAGUCUCAACGACAAGCUGCGGCUGACCCAGAACUACGAGGCCUACAGCCACCUCCUGUGCUACCUGCGUGGCCUCGACCGCCAGGCCGCCACGGCCGAGCUGCGCCGCAGCCUGGCCCACUUCUGCACCAGCCUCCAGGGCCUGCUGGGCAGCAUCGCGGGCGUCAUGGCAGCCCUGGGUUACCCGCUGCCCCAGCCCCUGCCUGGGACAGAGCCCACCUGGACCCCUGGCCCUGCCCAUAGUGACUUCCUCCAGAAGAUGGAUGACUUCUGGCUGCUGAAGGAGCUGCAGACCUGGUUGUGGCGUUCAGCCAAGGACUUCAACUGGCUCAAGAAGAAGAUGCAGCCUCCGGUGGCUGCGGUCACCCUACGCCUGGAGGCCCAUGGCUUCUGAUCUCUGCCUUACCAUCCUCCUCCUCCAGCUCCCC